AGUGGCCUUUCGGCCCGGCCUACAUUUGCCACCAUGCUUUUAAGGAGCCGGUGGUUGCGAUCGCUCACCGUACUUUUGUGCGUGCUUUUGGAGGUUAUAAGUGCCAGUGUGGAGGUUCCUGCUUCCGAAUACUCACAAACUGAGGAUCACGAACUUGAGCUGUUGGUAGAAAUUUAUCGGGAAAAUUUAAUCAAAGAUUCGCUGUACAAUGGCCAGGCGGAAACUGAUCGCGAUCUGCAUAGCUUCGUUGAACAACGUGUCCGUAGCUUCUUGAGAGAUCGUGAGCAGGAUCAAGUACAGAACGGUCGAACCAGGCGUGACACUAGCCAUUCGGAUAUUGAAGCCGACACUGCAGAAGCACGUCAUCUCUAUCUGAAAGGAUUCCGUGAGCGGGGCUACGUUCCGGUUAAUUUUCCCGUCGAUAUUUGUUUGCUUCGCGUGGGUAAAUCAAUCUUCGCAGCGGCUUUACAUCAAAGCGAAUCUAGCAAUCGGACCCAAAAUGCUACAGCGGUUUCGUUCUAUCGAAGGACUGGGGGAAAGUUUGAAAAAUAUCUUGAGCAUCAAACGGUUACGGCUCGAUACUUCGAUUGUAUUUCUAUCGCCCACCUUGGGUUUGUAGCCGUAGUCAACUAUCACGAUCACGAGCUGGAUGUAUUUAAGGAUGGGUCGCCCGUAUUUCAAAUCCAUGAGGAUGGUCGAACGGAAAUUGUUCAAACAUUUGGUCAACCGAAACAGAACACGGUACAUCUGUGGGUUCACGGAAAACAUAUCUAUCUAACGCACACGUACCUCAAUCUGGAUGAAAGCUUAAACACGGCGUGCCCAAUAUACCGGUGGACCGGAUACUACUUCGACGUGAUCGAUCACAUACCAUGUCAAAACGCAGUACACAUAGAAGCGUUCUCGAUUGAUCAACAAAUGUACGUGGCGGUGGCCAAUCAGAUGUCGGCUGAUAAAAAGGAUACCUUCUCUGUGAUUUACCUACUGAACCCAGAAACACUCAAACUGAACCAGCAUCAGCAGAUUUACAGUUACUCCGUAUCGCACAUUGCGUACUACUUUCUGGAGCUUCGUGAUCGCCGGGAACAUUUCCUUAUCACCGGCAACUCGGUUAAUGUAGGCGAUGGUGAUGAAAACGAGCGACACAGCUCGCUCGAACACACGCAACUCAACUCGAUCGUGUACAAGCUAGUCGAUGGUUACUUUGUGCCGUUUCAAAAUCUAGAACUCACUGGAGUAGACAUGUUUCUUCCCGUUGUGCACGAAAAUGGAGCUUUCCUUCUGCUGGUACUGUGCAGUGGGCAGCCGCUGCAAAUUUUCGAGUACGAUGGAUGGAAGCUGGUGCCAUCGCGUAUUGAUUACACCGGAGAAGCGUUUGCCGCCGGUGUAUCGCAUAUGCGGGUAUAUCGGCACAUUGUGAACGCAAGUGUUAUCGCUAUAGCCAAUAGCAAUUUGUUCGGCAUGUCCGUUAAUCUGUUCACUCCGCAGUACGGUGUGGAGAAUGACUUGCGGCAGGUUUAUGCUCACUUUAUCGAAUGGUGCGACCAAAUGCAGCAGCAGAUGGCCAACGUCGAUCUGGAGGAGCUGUACAACAAGCUAGUCGCUCUACCGGCUGAAGUACCUGACGGUGUGCGUUUGAUUAGCAAAAAUAUUGAGCUACAAGAUUCUUCCGCAGAUCUAGUAACAACGGCAGUCAUUCAAACGCCACAUUUGCUCAUCGAUGAGCCAUUGCUUUCGUAUGCGAUCGAAGUGAAUGAGUACGUGAAACAGGUAAUGGAUAAGAUGGAACGGGUUGAACAAACGAUCAAUACCAGCAUCAUGCGGAAUGAGACCGUUCGCUGGAAUGGAGAUCUUGCUGUAGGUGAGCUUAUCGCAUCGUCCGGCCAGAUGAAACAGCUCGACGUAAAGGUGUUAAACAAUGCCGCAUACAGAACGCGUAGUGCGGAUGAAGACAGUUCAGUAAAUGGCAAACCAACCGACGAUACGAUAGAAGUAGAUCGUUUGAUCAUCGAUCGCGUCGUUCGAGUGGGAUUCUGGAAUGGACAUGCGGCGGAUUCCUUACUUUUGACCGAUGACGAUCCUGCAAAAUGGAAAGAUCUCACGGUAUCGGCCAACAAGGUGAUCGUGGAACAAGAUGUAUACGUGAACAAGCUGAUCGAUGGUAUCUUCUUUCAUCCCUCCAAUGUGCUGCUACCGGGCGUGAAUCAAGUGAUCAACGCUCGCCAUGUGAGGGUAACAGAGCUAAACGUAAAUAGAUUGAAAAGCAAGAAGCUCAACUCUACCGAGUCCGUAUCCGUGCAACGGAUGAUGGAUAAAUCGAGAACGUUGUUGGCCAAAUCGCGUGGUGCACUUCCGCAUUCCUACCGGAACGAUUUUGAUACGGUUGAAGUGGAGGAGCUGAUGGCCAAUGGAUUGCUAAACAAUGUCAAUCCACAGUAUCUACUGGACAAUGUACUGCUGGUGGAUGCCGAGCAGCAACAGAUGAAUGGUAAAUUGAUAAUCGAAGAGCUAAUGGCGGACAACAUUGCACUGGCCGAUGCAAAAUUGUCCAGCAUCAUGUGGGAACAUGUGGCGCGGACUACGGGCAAUCAACGUAUUCUGCAGGAUCUACAGUUUGUACAACCGAUCACGGUGGACAGUCUACAGGUGCACGAUCGUUUAAACCACAUUCCAGUAAUGGAUGGUAAGCUACAGGUGCUGCUGCUCCGCUCGAACGAAACACAAACGAUUACGGGAACCAAGACAUUCGAUUGCGUUACGGUACUGAAUCCGAUCGAUCUGCAGGGCAAAAUAGACGGAGAAGGGCUGAGCAAGAUGAAUCCGAUCGUCACGAUCGAGCAGGAACUAGUGCUGAAUGGAGAUUACGCCAUCGAUGGUAACGUUUCGUUCAAUGGGGCUGUUGUGGCGGACAAUAUAUUUGGCAAAGGAGGCCAUUACAAUCUUCAGCGACUGGCUAAGCAUGGCAUUCGUUUAAACGAGUCGCCAACACCAGAGCAAAUGGUCAAGUUCCUACAACCGGUAUUUGUUGAGAAUCUCUACGUGCACCGCAUCAACGAACUGGCAAUGGACGAUCUUGUGCGCCAGAAUUCCGACGAGAUACAGUACCUGACCGGUCGCAAAACAUUUAUCGGUGAUUUAUUGGUCGAAGGUAUAGCCGAUUCGAAUGAAAUCAAUAAGGUAGACCUGAAUCAGCUAAACCGUACGAUCUUCCGCCGUGAUGCGGGUGAGCAAACGAUUGAGGGAGACAUACGAUUCGCUGGCGUCGGUACGGCCACCGUUUAUGCAAAGUCUGUCAGUUUCGCGGGAAAACCUAUUGAUCAUUUCCUACGCUUAGAUCGACCCCAGAACCUAACCAAACCGGUACGAUUUGUAAAUUGUACAGUGAUAGUAGGCAAUAGCCUCGCUACUCAGCAUCUGGUUGUAGAUAAUUCAUCAACGGUAUAUGGACAAGAGUUGGGAUUUCUGCUGCAAGAUACGUUGUACGCCGAUAGCGACAUACCUGCACCACCGAUUAUUACGGGGAAAAAGAUUUUCCGAAACAUCACCAUCGGGCGAUUGUUUUUAGCGGAAGAGUCCACGUUCAAUGGGAUACCGCUGCAGAAUUUACGGCACAUUUUGGCAGCCGGGGAUAAUCGAACGAUUAUUAAAAAUGGUCCUUACAGCUUCAGAACAAAUCACGAACUCAAGGUUGAUCAUCUUUUGUUCGAAGGUAUGAUUAACGGCAUUCCCAAAGCAGCUUUCUGUCGUGCAUGGCUCAUGCAUACCGGUAAUCAAACGUUCACUGCUGGCCAAACAAUCCAGAAGCUAGAUAUUGGGCACGUACAGUUAUCGGGAAAUCUCAAUGGCAUUGACGUGAACCACUUACUGAAGAACGCAUAUCGAGCGGAUGUAGAAGAAUAUAUUCAUCAGGCAGUAUUCCAUGAUGGUGUUGUUUCUUACGAACCGGUCACGGUUGGUGGUCUAGUAGCGGGAAUUAACAUCUCCAGCGAUGUGUUGCUAAAACAAAGUGCUGAAAUUCAAGCGCUUGGCAACGUACACGUUGCAGGAACGCUGAACGCAAAAGGGCAGCUGCAUAUCCUGCAAACAUUGAAUGGAAUUCAUUUUCCGAAAAUGAUGGAAUUUUUUGGAACCAAAGCAGCACAUGACGGUGCCAGUGAUGCAGCCCCGAUGAACAUCGAGGUGCACGGAAACGUGUACUUUGAGCAGACGCCGACUGUGAUCAAUUUGAACGGUUACAACGUCCAGAAAGUUUACGGUGAAGUUUGGUUGCCCCAGCGACCGACAGUGCUAACGGGUCGAUGCCAUUUUGAGAGCGUCGAAUUUCUGGAUUUAACGUACUCCAACAAUCAUCCGAUCAACUACCUUGACCUGGCCGAAACGGAGGCACGUUGUUUGAGCGGACGGAGGCCACAAAACAUUACCGCGCCACUAGUGUUUGAGCAGGAAGUGCUGUUCAACGCAGGUGGUUCUUUUAGGGCGGUGGAUCUCAAGGGAUUGCUGAAAAGCAUCAACAAGUCCCAUGGAAUCGAUAUCAAGGAAUACGACAAUUACGUUUUUCGGUACGGCGAAGAUCAGGAUAUAACCGGGAACUGGUUGUUGCAUAAUGUCGCGGUACAUGGAACAUUUGAUGUGAAAGUGCUCAACGGUUUCAACAUUGAAACGGAACUGCUGCGUUCAGAUGUAGCCGUAAACAAUGUUACGGCAGCGAAGCAUUUCCGUGAGCUGCACGUGGACAGCAUAAUCUGUCCCGGGGAGUGCAUUAUUCAAGGCGUUGAUAUGAAGGAGUGGUUUGCGAAUGCGUUGCGGCUGGAAGGAAAUCAAACCAUCGAAGGGACGCUGCACAUCGACAAUCCGGUCAUUACAGGCAACAUCGAUGUGCUUGGUACGGUAAAUGGUGUGCGGUUUGAUGCUAAGCAUCUGAUGUUGAAAUCCAUCCCGCAAAAGGUACCGGGUACGCUGCAUCUGAUAACAAAGUUCCCCAGCGAAAAUAAGAUUUACCCACUAAUAUUCGAAUCCCUGCAUACCGAUAUGAUCAAUGGGAGGAAUUUUACAAAGUUCCUUAUGUAUGCAGCGAGAACAGAUCAAAACCCGUUGAUCAUCAAUACUCCAAUAACGCUGGCACAGCCAAUCGAAGCAGAAGAAACACUGUUGGAAAGCGACAUGCUGUUCGGUGUCAAUACUACCCAGUUGAUAAGGGAUACCUCGUUUAAGGAAAGUGUUGGUGAACUCACAUCGAAGGUUCGUUCGUUGAACAGCGUCAAUGAAAAAAUCUUGGAAAAUGUCUUCGAAGAUGGUCCGAUAUUCAGUCACUUUGAUAAGAAAAAACCAUUGUUGGUGAAAGUGGCACGCCUGCUAUUGCUUACCGUGUAUCGUGAUUCGCUACCGCAAGAGUUGCUGGUAGUGCAUAGCAACGAACCAGGCAAGCCUUCCGCUAUCGAAUUUUAUCGCUGGCUAGUAAGCGAAGAAAAGUUCGUGCUUUCCAAACGCUAUCAGAGAAUUGUUACCCGAGAUAGAGAGAUCGUGAAAGUUCGCCGCGUUCGCCUAGGACCAAAGCAACAUCUGUUUGUGGAGUUUUUCGAGCAGGAUCACAAAACCUUCACGCAGCAAAUUAUGGAUGUUCAGCAUGAUGGUGCAGCGAUCAGCAAAUUCGUGCCACUCUACGUAAUGAAGAGCAACAGUUCCAGGGACGCAAUAUGGAUGAAGCUGGUCACCUUGGAUUGUAUAGUGAUGUAUACGAAAGGGCAAGCUGGCUUCGAAGUGCGCUGCUUGAGAGAGGAAAAUCUCAUGCACAUUCUUGAUGUGCGACAAGUAGAGGAAACUGUCGUUCCGAUACAGAUCAUCGCGCUGGAAAAUCAUCUCAUUAUCCUGGACAGUAGUGAUCAGGUGCAAGUGUGGCGGAGCACGGCCAAGUUUUAUCUGAAGCAUCAUCAAACGCUUACCGUUUCCCAUCCGUCUUAUGUGAGCGUGGCAAGGUACGAAAAUCAGCUAAUGCUUGCCAUUAGCUCGGAGCACACCCCCAACAGCGCCCAUUACGGAUCGAUAGAGAUUUGGCAAAAAACGCUCCGACCGAAUGGAACGUUUACUCAGCAUCAGCUCAUCUGGACCAAAGUGCCGAAACAGCUGCAGUUUUCUGUACUCCCAUCGAAAGAACUGAUGCUGUACACUCUGACCGAGAACUGGCUACACCCGUUGGUCGUGUACCGUUACGAAGGAGUCACUGGCUUCCGGGAGUUACUGAGCAGCAAUACGAUACAGCAGAAAGCUCACCGGUUGGCGGUGUUGAAGUUGCGGCUGGCGCAAAAAGAAUUUGUGGCCAUCCUCGGCCCACAAUCUACCGAUCUCGUAGAGGUUGUUUUCGUUUAAGUUUGUUGUCGGUAGUACUGUUUGUCAAUGAAAUUGAAACGUGAAUAAAUGUUAACCAACGUUAAGAGCAAA